AUGACAUCUUCACCUCCUCAGAGCAACGGAACCGGUCAGUUAAAAAGACUAGAUGUUCUCAUCAUUGGUGCUGGCUUCGGCGGAUGCUACAGCCUCUAUAAACUUCGUAAGCUUGGGCUCAAUGUCCAUGUGUACGAGGCGGGCUCAGCAUUGGGGGGUGUCUGGUACUGGAACACCUACCCCGGAGCCCGCGUCGACUCGGAAAUGCCGUUCUACCAGUUCUCCAUUCCUGAGGUUUGGCGCAAGUGGAACUGGUCUGAGAGGUUCCCAAGCGGAGAAGAGCUGAGGGCCUACUUCAAACACGUCGAUAAGACACUGGAUCUGUCUAAAGAUAUCACCUACAAAGCUGCUGUCACUCAUGCAAGCUACAACGAGGCCUCCGGGGAAUGGACGGUGACGACUGAGAACGGCCACAAGGCCGUCUGCAAGUAUCUCGUCUGUGCUACUGGCAGUUGUUUCAAGCCGCAUUACCCCAAUUUCCGAAAUCUAGACGACUACAAAGGACAACUCAUCCAUUCAACCCGGUGGCCAGCUGAUGCCAAAGUCGUGGGCAAACGAGUGGCCAUCAUUGGCUCAGGCGCAACGGCUGUGCAGUGCACUCAAGAGAUCUCAAAGGUGGCAGAGCAUCUGACAGUCUACAUUCGCACCGCCAGUAUCUCACUCCCCAUGGUUCAGCGUCCCUUGAGUAACCUUGAGCAGGCAAUAGGCAAAUCCACCUACCGGAGGAUGUUUGAACAUUGCCGGAAUAGCCAUUCAGGUCUCGGAUACGAUAUACAGCCCGGGUCCGUGCUUGAAUUGAGUGAUGCAGAACGGGAAGAGCUUUGGGAAGAGCUUUGGGAUCGUGGCGGUUUCAACUUCAAUCAGGCGAAUUACCGAGACUUUCUCGUCGACGAGAAGCCCAACAGACUCAUGUACGACUUUUGGGCAAAGAAGACCCGCCCGAGAGUCAAGAAUCCCGCCAAGGCCGCAUUCCUUGUACCUGAGAAAGCACCCUUCGCAUUUGGGACCAAGAGGAGCAGUCUUGAGCAGGACUACUACGAGUGUCUCGAUCAAGACACUGUAAGCAUCGUCGACCUCAAAGCUACUCCGAUACGAGAGUUUACAGAGAGAGGAAUUACAUGCGAAGACGGGUCCGAGCUCGAAUUCGACACCAUUGUAAUGGCGACAGGCUUUGACGCCAUGACAGGGAGUCUCACCAAGAUGAAUAUCCAAGGGAGAGAUGGCAUCACCUUUGCAGACCGAUGGAAAGACGGCGUCUUCACUCAUCUGGGACUUUGUUCCAAUGGAUGCCCUAAUCUGUUCAUGGUCUACGGGCCUCAGGCACCCACGGCGUUUAGCAAUGGACCUCCAUUCAUUGAGAGUCAGGUUGACAUGAUUGCGGAACUUCUUCAGAAGCUCCAGAAAGAGGGUAUCAAGUCCAUUGAAGCACAGCGGAAUGCCGAGGAGAAGUGGAAGCAGGCAAUCCAGGCUGCCAAUGACAGGACCUUAAUGCCCUUGACCGACUCGUGGUAUAACGGAGCCAACAUACCAGGCAAGAAAAGAGAGCAGCUGAUGUACCUAGGUGGAGUUAAGAAAUAUCAAGAGGAAUGCCGAGAGGCACUAGCAACUCUAGAGGGGUUCGAUGUUGUACUUGAUGAGGAGAGGAAAGGUUCAACGGUAGCAUCAUAA